CCGCCGUCUCCAGCCCGGGACGGGGUCGGGCGCUGCCUCCGGCCGGGAUAUGCCGAAGCCCCCGCUGCUGCUGCGGGGGAGCCGCCCCGGGGACAGCGAGCUGGGGCGGCAGUUCCGGGACUGGUGCCUCCGCACCUACGGGGACUCGGCCAAAACCAAGACGGUGACCCGGAGCAAGUACCAGCGCAUCGCCGAGGUGCUGCAGGGGGGCGCCGGCUCGGGCAGCGGCGCCGGCGGGGGGGAGAAAGGCAAGUUCCAGUUCUGGGUCCGGUCCAAGGGCUUCCGGCUGGGAAGCGGCACCCGGGAGGCGGCGAAGAUGGGUCAAGUGGUGUAUGUGCCGGUGAAAACGGGAACGGGGGCAGAUGGACUGUCGGAGCCUGAGGGCAUCUCUCUGAAACGCGUUGCUGUGGUGGAAGAUUUCUUUGACAUCAUCUACUCGAUGCAUGUGGAGAGCUCAGCAGAGCCAGGCAAAGCACCCAAACAUGCUGGGCAGAAGAAAACCUAUCGAGCGAUUGCAGAGACCUAUGCUUUCCUUCCAAGAGAAGCUGUGACCAGGUUCCUGAUGAGUUGCACUGAGUGCCAGAAGAGGAUGCAUUUUAACUCCAACGGACUGGAGCCCAAAGAAAAUGAGCCACCCUCCUCUUUGGUCUCUGGAAUCAUUGACUACAACAUGCCUCUCACCUCCACCUAUCUGAAGCAAAUGAAGCUGCGGGUCAUGAAUUCACAGGAGCAGGAUGAGACAUCGGUGAGCAGCGAGGAUUUUGAUAUGAACGACGCCACAUGGAUCUCAGCUGACCAGCAUCUUAACUCCAGUUUGAGCCCCAGUCAGGACGAGAGCAUGCGCAGCCCUCAGAAUCUCCACAGCCAGGAGGAUGAUGAUUCCUCAUCAGAGAGCUGCAGUGGGAAUGGUUCCUCCACCCUGAACCCCUCCACCUCCAGCAGCACUCAGGGAGACAGCACCUUCCCGGAAAUGAACGGGAAUGGAACUGCUGCCCCCAUGGACUUCACUGCUUCGGCCGAGGACCAGCCCAUCAACCUGUGUGACAAGCUCCCGCCUGCCCAUGUCACUCCUUCCUACCAGUCAGACAGCUGUGCCGACGGGCUGCGGAGCCGGGUGAAGUACACAGCAAAGACUACAGCAGAGUCCCCUCCAUACAGUUCUGGCAGUUAUGACUCCAUCAAGACCGAGGUCAGUGGCUGUCCGGAGGACCUGACCGUUGGCAGAGCGCCCACAGCAGAUGAAGAUGACGACGACCAUGACGACCAUGAGGAUAACGAUAAAAUAAAUGACUCAGAGGGGAUGGAUCCAGAGCGAUUAAAGGCCUUCAAUAUGUUUGUGCGCCUUUUUGUGGAUGAGAAUCUGGACCGAAUGGUUCCCAUCUCCAAGCAGCCCAAAGAGAAAAUCCAGGCGAUCAUCGAGUCCUGCAGCCGACAGUUCCCUGAGUUCCAGGAGAGAGCUCGCAAACGCAUUCGCACUUACCUCAAAUCCUGCCGCCGUAUGAAGAAGAACGGCAUGGAGAUGACCAGACCCACCCCACCACAUCUGACCUCAGCCAUGGCAGAAAAUAUCCUUGCAGCUGCAUGCGAGAGUGAAACACGGAAAGCAGCCAAGAGAAUGCGGCUGGAGAUAUAUCAGACAUCCCAGGAUGAGCCAAUCCCCUUGGAUAAGCAGCACUCCAGAGAUUCCACAGCCGUCACGCACUCCUCCUAUUCACUGCCAGCUUCGUCUUACUCCCAGGAUCCGGUCUACAUCAACGGCAGCUUGAACUACAGUUACCGUGGCUAUGGGACCCUUGGAGGCAGCCUGCAGCCACCCACUUCACUGCAAACAGGGAACCACAGUAAUGGUCCUACUGAUCUCAGCAUGAAAGGUGGGGCCUCAAGCACAGCCCCUUCUAACAGCACCAGCAGGGGGAUGCCAGCUGCCCAGCUGAGCCCCACAGAGAUCAGUGCCGUGCGGCAAUUGAUUGCCGGCUACCGAGAGUCAGCGGCUUUUCUUCUUCGGUCUGCAGAUGAACUGGAAAACCUCAUUUUACAGCAGAACUGACUCCUGGUGUCUGUGUAGCUCCUGUGGCAGAAGACAAUUUACACCCUUUGGAAACAGGCUCCCACUGGUAUCCCGCUCAGGACUAACCAUCGUCCUCCCACCCAGUAGCUGGUACAUUUAGUUUUUAAAGGUGGAACCCUAGAACUGUUUUCUUUCACACUCCAAGCACCUGGGACUUGGGGCACAAGGACAUAUUUUUGACUCUCUCAACACAGGUGCGCCUAGAUGAGCAGAAGCAGCCAAACCUACAGCUUGGAUGGGUGUGGGAUUUUUUUAGGGUGGAAGGGAGCUUGGGGAGGCUUGGGGCUGCAGAUGUAUUUAGAAUAACCUUUGUGGACCCCAACAUUAGAAUCCCAUCCCCAGAUAAUUACCUUUCAAGGUCUUAGGUGAGCAGAAUUGCAUAUUUAUUGAGAAAUGGUCCCUCCUCUCCCUUUAGUAAUUUAUUUUUCUGAAAAUGGAUUCUUUUGAGUUUGUACAGAUUGCCAGUUUUGUGUCCGUCUGAUCAGAAGGAAUUUAUUCCUGUGAAAUAACACAUUCCAUAUCACUACACUACUAAUGGCUGAGUAACUCCACCGACUUCUCCUGGGAGAGAGCCCUUUCCACAGGAUGCAAGUUUGCCAUCUAGCCCUAGAACUUCUAGGCUGCUCAGCCUCCAGCAAGCUUAGGCAGAACCUGAACAAUGAGGAAAGAGUGUCUUGUUAGACCUUUACUCUAAGCGGUCCUGUAGCAGUAGCAAUGGGGUCCAAUAUCUCCUGCAGAGAGACUCAGCAAGCUCAGUAGACCUCCAACUGGAAGGACCUCUUACACUCAUUUAGCUCAUUGCAGAGCAAAACAGGAAGUAUCUGAGAACCACUGUCAUGCAUUCACCAUCCAUAUUCUACCUCACACUCCAUUGUGGGCUUUUUCCAGGACUCAUUGGGGUUCUGAAAGUUCACUCCAUAAUGUAUAUCACUAUGAUGUGCAUCCAAGACUGGGGAGCAGACAAGUAGAUAACACUGAGGAGUCAAAACUAAACCAGCAGAUAGACAGCUGACCCCAGCUGGCUCCCUUUUUGUUCAGAAGAGAAGGAAGGACAUGCACUGCUGAUGGACAGCAGCUCUCUGUCACAAUGGAUGACGUCUGACCUCUCCUCAGUGAGGAAUCCCAGGCUGUCUCCACAAGUGUACGGGAAACCAGCGCUGGGGGCAGCAGCAAGAGACCUGUUUAGAGAAACUCACGUGAAUAAUAAAGACCAGUGCAGACUUUUAGGGAGAAAAGUAAACUACUUCAGUUAAACAAUCAGUUCAUUCCUACUCAAAAGGAAAGAAUUAGGAGACUCUCAGCAGCAGAAAGGGUGUAAAUUCUCCCCAGGGCCCAGGUUCCGCCCCUCAUCCCCCCAGUAACAGUCCUGGUAAAAGCUCACAAUUCCUAAAGUGUGGGGAAAGAUCUGGCCUGAUCACCAUUGCUGUUUCUCCCCAACUCCCACCCUCCCAAGAAACAAAACCAAUGCACUUCCCUUUGCUCAGUGCAAUACCUACUACCAGUGCUGCUAAAACCAGGGACUUUGCUCGAGCAUCAAGAUGCUGAGCAGGGCCAAGCAAUGCAACAUAGUCUGUAGCCAUAAAAAGCAGCAGUAAAUUGCUGCCUAAGAAUCUGUGAGAAUUCUCCUCACCCUCUCCCUUGUCAGUGCUGGCAGAAUUCGUCUCCUGUCCUCCUUUCCAGGGCCAGGACCACAAGCAGCAGCACCAGAUAGACUUGAAGAAUAUUAAAAUAAUUUUGAUCAUUUUAAAUGCAGGUGGUUUCCUUCUCUGAAGUUAGCUCCUUUUAGACCAAUUUAUUGAGAACUCACUUCAGUGAUGAAGGUUUCUGCUCUGCAGUGGUGGUCUACUUUGUCCCCUGUCCUUCCCCCCUCCGUCCCCAUCCCCCAUACUGCAGAAAUAACCAUACUAACACAUGGGUUUUACACUUUCAGGCAGCACAGGUUGGGCACCAGCAGGGACUGAGCCUGAAAUGGUUUUUCAAGAACCUUUUUAACCAAAUUAGUUUCCAUUCAUGCUAGUGGGAAAACUGCUGGCUAAAAAACAAGGCCCUAUCCCUUUCCUUAGCUGUAAAGUAGACCAGGCUUCUGGCUCUCUAGAACAGGACUGCCCAGCCUGGCCCUAAAAGGGAUUAACUAGUGCAUUGACCACUUUCCCCAAACCCUGAACUCUCCCCAGCUGCUGGAGAAAAGGGAUUUAAUUCCUGAGCAUUUUCUACACUCAGACAGCCCUUGCAGGGAGAAGGCGGUGGUUUUGUUGUAAAUCAGAGUUGAUUCCCCUCAUUUCAACAUGAGCCAGCAGGGUGGUUCUUUGGGAACAUUCUAACAUUUUGGUUCUUAGCAUAUGUGGACAAUAGACAAAAUCUGACCAACCUCCAGGGAGUGUGGGUCAGUAUCAGAGCUAAGGUAUCCGAGAACAGAAUGACCACACACAAGCCCAAAUUUCAGGUCCGCACUUCACAAGCCUGCUUGAUUUGUCCACUGCAUCCUCCCAUACUUUGAAUUUAUGUAAAUAUUUAUUUUUAUGUGUACAAUACCAUGAAGUAGCAAACCUUUUACAAAAUGUUAACUACAGUCAUUUGUGAAAGUCUUAAUGUUAAAGAGAGGCAGAGACAAUCGCUGUCCCAGAAUUCUCUAUAGACAUUACUUAAUGGUUGCCUCCGCUCCUUUUAAGAGGCCAUCAAGAACACACAGCCAUAAAUUUGCCAGCCAAUUAGCCAACAAAAACAUUGCCCAGGGGCUUAUUACAACAGAUCAACAUCAGCUACAGUUUGUUUAAAAUUGUAUUUAUGCAACAUCUAGCUGUUUUUACCAGAUCACCCUGGAACUUCAUGUUUAGUAGCUCUUAAUAUUUAAACCACUGGUAGAACACAGUUGAGACUUAUGAUUGCAUAGGAAGAAGAACUGACAGCCUACUGUGUAACAUCAACUCAUGUUCAUAACCUGCAGCUGGCUGGCACAAACUCAGAUUUCUGAAGCCCUGGUGACAGUAGUACCUGUGACAAGUUGUGAAACAAAUGGGAUCCACUGCGUAUUGGUGUCAGGGAAAGUUUUAUGUAAACUGCAUCUUUAGUCUCUUUGGCGCUAUCUCCAGAGAACAUCUCAGUGCUCUAACUAAUCCUUACUCAACAGUGGUCCGACUCUACUCAGAGGCUGUUUCAUAGCCAUCUUUGUAAGUUUUCACUAGAUAUUAAAGGGUUAGGAAUCUCAAUUUACGAUUCUCAAUGAUAAGGAACGAACAGGAGCAAAAUACCCUGGCUUUCCAGAGGCUUUGUGAGGGGCAAAAGGGGAGCACUGGGCUAGCAGAUGGUCUGGAAAACCAGUGAAGAAGAUGAUAAACCUCUCGUCUUAAUCACCACCACUUGUACACAGGGAAUGUUCAGUUCCCAAUGACAGUGUUUCAGCAAGGGGAAGUGUUCACAGGAUUCCCAGCAGACGUGACCUGAACCUCCCCACUCCAAAGGGCCACCUUCUUCCCACAGGUGACCAUAGGAUUUAGUACCAGUCAUUUACAAAAUGCUGCUUUGAACUCAGAGGGUUAAUAUACUUUUGAUUUGUAAUUUUUUGUAACACUUUUUACAAGGUAGCAUAGUAUUUCACCAGAAUACCAACUACAAUCCGUCCAUGGUCUGAUUUUUAUAUAAUUUAGUGGUGCUUUAGAAACUUUUGUUUGGUUGUUUCAGAGCUGUACAGCUCAGUUCUUCGCCUGUAUCUACCUAAGACCAAUGUGAACCUUUGUAUUUUUGCUCCUAAUUUUGGACUCAGUGAAAGUGUACUGUUUACAUGUACAGAACUCCCAGCCCCUGUGUGUUCUGCAAACCUGCUGUUGAAGAGGAAGAUGCACCUCACCCAGUUCAUCUGCUUAGCAAAGCCACAGACACACUUGACACAUAAUCAACCACCUUAAAAGAAACAAAACUGGGAUGUGCUGCAAGAGAUGUCAGCGUUUGCACAGCCGAACACACUUUUAAGUGAUCAAUUUAAAAAAUAGCUGUAGCUUAAAAUUUGAGAGCUGAUCUGAGGGGGUGAGGUGACCAUAAACAGCCAGAACCCCAAACAGAAGUAGAACCAUAUGAUGGUGUAUUUCCCUGCCUCUCCUCCCUGACAUCCCAGGCAUGAAGGUGAACGCUACCUAGCUGAUUUUAGGGUUCCAGUUGAGUCUAGAACAAUGCUCAAGCCUAGUGGAGGCCAGGGAGAAGGGUGAAACCCCUCUUUCCUUCAGCACAAUUGAACAGUUACUGAUUCACAAUUAAAUGAUCUUAGAUGUUAAUUUCAAAUAAAAAUGAUAGGAGAGUAUUCUCUCUGGAGACACCGGAGCUCCCAAAUGGAGUAGGAGGCAGUUCGUUUAGAAAGUUAGUACAUUUUGGGGGGGGAGGGGGGACACGGACGACGACACGACACGCUCAGAAACUGAGCAUAUGGCACUUAAAUCACCAUGGAAAGAGAAUCCAGCUUUGAAGGUGACACUUUAUUGCUUAAUCAAUUGAUUAAUUUCUAAAUGAUAUUUUUGCAGAUAGGCACCUAUGCAACUUAAUGUGGCUCUUUUAAGCAGAUGAGCACUUCCUCCUCAAUAAGCUGUAUAAAAAUUUGUGUUAUAUACUGUGGAUUUUUCCAGUAAGUGUGGCUUAAUAUUUUAAUUCUUAGAAUGUGUGUCUAUUAUAUGUGAUGCAACUUAAUUCUGUUCUGUUUGUGGAAUGAUUAGCACAGGCCAACUCCCUGUCCCCCUCACUUAACAAAGACCAAUGAGCUGUUAAUCAAGCUGUUAUUUCCAUGGUAUUACUUGCUAAAUGCACUGAUUUCAUAAGUAUGUGGAAUCCUUUUUUUCUUUUGAAUCUGUAUAUCAUAUAUAAGACUGAAUCUACUUAAUAAACACUGUAUAACAAACAGGA